AUGGGAGCCAAGAUAACAUAUGCAGCAAUUUUGAUUCUUCUAUGCUCUAGUGUUCUUCCCUCUCCAACAAAUGCUAGUUUGGCUGAUUGGGCAAGUUGGCUUGGUUUGCCUCGUUUGGGUGGUUGGCAAUGGCCGGGAAAUAACAAUAACGGCGACGACGAACUGCGCGUCGGAUUCUAUGAUUAUUCAUGCCCUCAAGCGGAAAACAUCAUAGAAGAUGUUGUGAAGGCUGCCAUCUAUAAUGAUCCAGGCAUUGCUGCUGCUUUCGUUCGUCUUUAUUUCCAUGAUUGUUUUGUCAAUGGGUGUGAUGCAUCCAUUCUCUUGGAUUCUACACCAUCUGGUGAACCAACAGAGAAGACCUCCCCAGGAAACCUAGGCGUAAGAGGUUUUGAAGUCAUCGACGAGAUCAAGACACGAAUUGAGUAUGUAUGUCCGGAGACCGUAUCUUGUGCUGACAUACUUUCCUUUGCAACCCGUGAUGCAGUCAAGCAUUCCGGCAUUCCUUACUAUAACGUACUUGCCGGUCGUCGCGACGGCCAAACCUCCGUCGAAAAAACAAUCUUGGGGAACCUUCCAUUCCCCAAUGCCAAUGUUAAGCAAUUGGACCAAAUCUUCACUAGAAAAGGGAUGAACAAACAAGACAUUGUGGCGUUACUUGGUGCACAUUCCAUAGGAGUUGCACAUUGUUCUGUGUUCGAAAAUCAAUUUAACAACUUCAACUCUACGUUCGAUAUCAAUCCAAGACUUGAUAAAAUGUACGCCAUGCAUCUUAAAAAAACUUGCCCUCUUCAUAAGACAUCAAAGGAUGAUGUUUUGCCAUUGAAUAUUUAUGACCAAAAAAGACUUAGCAAUGUGUUUUACUCAAAUGUGAUAAAUGGUAGGGUGAUUAUUCCUUCUGAUCAAUCGCUACUUGAUGAUCCCAAAACUAACAAAUUGGUGCAUUUGUACGCUUUGGAAUGGUCGACAUGGGUUAGUGAUUUUCGCGAUUCAAUGAUUAAGUUGGGGAAGGUAGACGUGCUCACUGGUGAAAAUGGGCAAAUUAGGAAAUCAUGUCGUGCUGUUAACAAUUGA